CUUCUUACCCUCUACCUCCACAUCUUACUCUCUUCAUAAUAUGCCUUCGCCAGCUGCUGAAGCACCGCCGACGUAUGCUCAAGAAUGUCCUCAGGACGACGUCAUGUCUGACGGUCAUAGUGCACCUUCAACGGAGACGCAAGUGCUCAUCAUCCCCGCCACGAGCACGUUCCAGUUCCAACAGGGCUACCUCGGUGCGGACAACGAACGGGCAGCGAUAGAAGGCGAGUUGCAGAUCAAGGGCGCAGAUGGGGACCGCUGGAGAAAAGUGACGAUGUCUCUGCACACGACGGAGAGCACGCAGAAACGGUCCAUCGAGCUCGCGCGCGCCGAUAUCGUCCUGUUCGAUGCAGAUACCGAGACGGAUCCCGAUUCGUUUCUCACGUCGUCGUUUCCCUUCGCUCUCCCGCUCACGCCGGAUACGCCGCAGUGUAUCCAUACACCCCAGUCUGCCCUUGCCCAUCUCUUGACCGCCACAUUAUAUCCCGCCGACGAGUCAUGUCCGCCGCUUGUCAAGUCCAUCACGGUCCAUACGAGGCGCUACAUUCCACAUACGCAUACUCUGGGCAUUUCGCCCGUCAACCGUAUACUCCACACUCCGACCCGAGUAGUGGUCGAAGUACCUCGAACGACUUUCACCGCUCUCGAACCUGUGCCGAUAUAUGUCACCGUUCCAUCGCCACGGAGAGAGCUCGUGGUCGAGCACGGCCUUCGACUGCGAAAUAUCAAAGCGGAGCUCGUCAGGACCGUACAUGUCAAGCAGGAUUCUACUCUCGACGAAGAGGACGUAUCGGACAUCGAACUGCUAGACUCGGAUAGCGAUGCUGAUUCAGAUGAUGAUCUCUCGCACGGCCACGGUCUCCCCCUUGGCUUUUCCAUGCCGACCCAUAACGAGAAACCUCCCGUGGCCUCAUCAUCAUCGUCCUCCUCCGCAGCCCAGAGCGCAGACGCCACACCCGUCGUCCAAAGCAGACGCACCGUCUACAAGACCGUCAUUUCGCGCUCCGGAGCGCUCUGUCGAUUCCAUACGUCCCGAGCCGUCAGAUUGCGUUUCGUGCUCCAUCAGUCUUCCCCGCCAUCGUCACCGAGCUCGUCGAACAGGGCGCUUCCGGCAGAGGAGUUCGGGCUCCUGGACAGCGAUACGGAGUGCGCGUCCAUCACCCAGUCGACGCUCUUCCAUUCCGUUUCGUUUAGGAUACGCAUCCAUGCUACCUUCAGGAACAUGUCUUCACACACCGAGCAAGUGUCCACCGUUUCGAUCCCCAUCACUUUCCUCCCACCACCGGCUCCCCUGCCUGAAGUCGAGGACUCCAUCGGAUCCGCAUAUCACAAGAAACACGACAGACCCCCAGCGCGGACGGUACGCGGCGAAGACGUCGUUCUGGACGCCGCGCCUCAUUAUGAGGAGGGCCAAGCAGGCCCAAGUUUCACCGCGAGCAGCGAGCCCCCACCGUUCGAGGAUCGCGAUGCGCCCCCUCCGUCCUUCGCCGAGGCCUCAACGUCCCGCCUGCCUACCUUCCAAGAAUCCGAGCGCGAGAUCUUCGUUCCCUCGCAAGAUCAGGGAAACGAUUCAGGAGCGCUUCCGCCUCGAUUCCCUCGGUUGAUCAUCGCAGGCGAAGGCACGCUGUUUGGGUUCCCGGCUUCGUCUCAGUUCGACGGACAUCCGGAGGAGGUGGAACGUGCGGGGAACAGCACCCCGCCGCCGACGCUCGAGAUGGCGACGCUCGAUCCAAACGUGUCCGACCUUGCCCGUCUUAAUCUCGACGCGCCAGAACAUGCGAUGCACGCGCUCAAUCUCGCUCUCGAACAGCAGGAGGAAGAAGAGGCAGCGGGGGGUCCGCCCCCUCCACCCCCUCCACCCAUGGACGAUCCCUCGGACCCUCCACCGUCCAUUCAUUCUGAAUAUCGUUCAAGAGAGGGCGUGCCGCACCAGACGACGACGUUGGGUGGUCCGUCAUCUACGUCUCCGCCGACGCUUUUACCGAUCCCGCCCCCGCCGCGUUCGUCUCGUCAUUCGGCAGGCGAAGGAGAGGGAGAAGCGCCGGUGGGUGGUCCGCCGUCACCGCAUGCGCAUGCGCCACCGCCUUAUUUGACAGCUGGAGACGGGGACCAUGAGAAUGUGGCACGGCCACCGCCGUAUGUCGAUGUUAUGCCUGAGCAUGCCUCUUGAUUCGGAUUUUGUGUGAGAUCGUCAUGGGAGUAGUUAUAGUUGCUUUUUUCUGCGUUCCGGAUGGUAGUCUAGAAGAAGUCCGCCGUAUGAAUAUUGUCGGAUAUCAGGUCAUUACAUCGAAGGCAGACGAUAAGAGGGAUGUCAUAUAUAUAGAGACAGAGAAGAGACCGUAAGAACAGCAAAAGCAAGAGAGGCAAAGAAAGAAAGAAAGAAGAACGAGAGCAAAGGGAGGUAAGUGGGGGGGCAUAGAAUCCAAGAGUGACGAAGUAUACGGGGUGUGUACAGGGGAACGUAUGUGCGAUCAACAAUUGCAAGCGUCUUGUUUCUUCGCUUGGUUGUCGUCGAGGUUGACGCCACCCUCCUGAGCACCUGCACGGCUGCCUCCAGCACCUGGACGGCCAGAAGCCCCACGCGAAGAGGCAAGGAUGUGCUCGAUAGGGAUCUUCUUAGCGAUCUCAGUGAACACCUCGACGAUACCCUCGCCCGUCUUCGCACUCGUCUCGAAGAACAACAGCCCGGCCUCCUGGGCGUAAGCUUGCGCCUCCUCUCUCGCGACCUGCCUCAGACUCUCACCACCCUCACCCGCGCCGGCAGCGGCCUCACCCGGCGUCGCCGUCGCAUCGUCCGCCUCGUCCUCCGACUCGGUAGCCCCACCACUCCCGGAAGUCGCGGCCGAGGGCUGGACGAGAUCGAGCUUGUUGCCGGCGAGAGCGAUGACGAUGUUCGGGUUCGCCUGUCGUUGGAGUUCCUUCACCCAUGUCUUCGCUUUCUCGAGACUUGAGGCCUUGGUGAUAUCGUAGACGACAACGGCGGCUUGGGCAUUACGGUAGUACAUAGGGGCCAGGGAGUGGAACCUCUCUUGUCCGGCGGUAUCCCAGAUCUCAUAACGAAGUACACGGUCCUCCAGACGACACUUCUGGGUCAGGAAGGCGGCACCGAUGGUAGGCUCCUUGUUGGCUUGGAACUCAUUGGAGACGAAACGGAGGACAACGGAUGAUUUUCCAACAGCGGCCUCUCCUAGAAGGACGAGCUUGACCUGGACAGACUUGUCCGCAGAACCAGAAGCAGCGUCAGCCAUGUCGUUAGAGGGGGGGAAGGGG